CGUUCGUACCGGACAAGCUCACGAGCCUCGUCAACACUGCAGCCCCCGUUUUGGUUUCCAACUCUGUUUGCAGCGGAGACUCCAAGCGGAGCCCUUUCGACGGUUAUUUUACAACUAAACGGCUGCCCUCAAUUUCACGUCAAUUUCCCAGGUCCAGAUCUUCUCUCCAGCUCUUUCUUGCCUCGCCUGGACCUAGUCGGUGCCCGAAACUUCCCAGCCGAUCCAGUGGUUCUCUUCUCCUCCCAAAUUUUACAUGCCCCUUAUCGCCUUUUAAUCUCCCCCCGUUCUCUACCCCUCGUGGCUUCCUCCGCGUUUAGCCAAGGAAGCUUGACACGGCCCCGGCCCUUUGAAUUCCGACAGUUUCUCUCCGACCAGACUCGAGCAUUCAGUAUGAGUUCCGAAGGAGAAAAAGUCCGCGCCUCUGGCGAGACUCCCCGCGAGACUCUGCCCACCGUGAACCCGGCGGCCGAGAAGCAGGAGCCUCCCAAGGCCGCGUUCCACCCCGCUGUCUAUGUGAGUGUCUGGAUCACUCUCAGUUCUUCCGUGAUUCUGUUCAACAAGCACCUUCUCGACUAUGCCAAUUUCCGCUUCCCGAUCGUUCUGACAACAUGGCACUUGACCUUUGCGACGAUCAUGACCCAGCUUCUGGCCCGUUUCACCACCGUCCUGGACGGCCGCAAGUCUGUCAAGAUGACUGGCCGUGUCUACCUCCGCGCGAUCGUUCCCAUUGGUCUUAUGUUCAGCUUGAGUCUGAUUUGCGGUAACAUGACAUAUCUGUACCUCAGCGUUGCCUUUAUCCAGAUGCUCAAGGCUACCACUCCCGUUGCUGUCCUGAUCGCUACCUGGGGUAUGGGCAUGGCCCCCGUCAACUACAAGACCCUCGCCAACGUCUCCAUCAUCGUUGUCGGUGUCAUCAUUGCCUCUUUCGGUGAGAUCAAGUUCGUCCUCGUCGGUUUCCUGUUCCAGCUCGGUGGUAUCGUCUUCGAGGCCACUCGUCUGGUCAUGGUGCAGCGUCUGCUCAGCUCUGCCGAGUACAAGAUGGACCCCAUGGUCUCUCUGUACUACUUUGCUCCCAUCUGCGCUGUCAUGAACGGUCUCGUCGCUCUCUUCCUGGAGUUCCCCCGCCUGACCAUGGACCACAUCUACGGUGUCGGUAUUUGGGUCCUUCUGGCCAACGCCAUGGUUGCCUUCCUCCUGAACGUCUCCGUGGUGUUCUUGAUCGGCAAGACCUCCUCCCUGGUUAUGACUCUGUGCGGUGUCCUUAAGGAUAUCCUGCUGGUAGCGGCCUCCAUGUUCAUCUGGAGCACUCCCGUCACGGGUCUGCAGUUCUUCGGUUACACUGUGGCUCUCGUCGGCCUGGUCUACUACAAGCUCGGCGCUGACAAGAUCCGCGAGUACACCGGUCAGGCCAACCGCGCCUGGGCCGAGUAUGGCAACACCAAGCCCGCCCAGCGCAAAUUUGUCAUUUUCGGUGCUGCCGCCCUCAUCUUCUUCCUCUUUGUGGGCUCGAUGGCUCCCAGCUACGCUCCGAGCCAGGUCGACCGCGUCAAGGGCAUGCUGGGCGGUGCCACCGCUGGCAAUGCUUAAAUGCACGCCAUGUCCUUAUGCAACUCUUUGGAGAGGUUUCGUUCCGUAACCGCCGAAAUGCGUAUGGAGCGCAUCUCCAAAGGCUAAUGAAGGGCCACUGAGGUGGUGAGCUGCCACAAUUCUCUAAAUCGACUCUACUGUGAGAGUAUUGGAGCCGUUGCAUCACCAUUGUUACAAAAAGCGAGGGAGAGAGAGCAUAGUUGCAUCUAGAAAAUUCUCGUCACUCUGAUCUUCUCUUCCCGUCCUUUCUACCUCCUCAAACCAGUGUUCUUUUUUUUUUUUUUUUUUUUUUUUGCUCAGGAGCUGGCCUCGGCGGCAUGCAGGAAAUGCAGUCGUUGGCCUGUCUCCAAUUCCGGGGGACUCUCGCGUGAUGGAAAACGGAGAGCGCCAUCCGUUCUCCUUUCUAUUUUUUCCUCGACCGCAUUCCCGCGAUGUAUACAGUGAUUAGGGACGGGUGUUUGCAUUUCCGUGUUCUUUGUUUCCUCUGCGCUCUCCCUCUCUCUAUUUCCCUUUUUUUUCGAUUUGACGGAACGUCGACUUGAACGUUAGACUUGCACGAGCUCUGGUGUCGGUUUGCUUUGAACCUGACUUGUUCUUUGGGUUCAACUUUUUUCCCCUUCUGGCUGUCUUCAUAGUUUGAUAAUAGACUUCUACUUGAAAGGUUUCUUUGACGUCGUAAUUGACCUGGACGGCCUUUGCAUGAGGAGUCAUUUUCUGGC